GCCAUGGGAACGAAUGUUUCACACGGACGUUUAUUGCAGACGGACACAGUGUUUAGCAGCUGAUAAACUUCCUCAAAAACGACAGAGGAGCGCCUACAGCGUCGAAGAUGAGCUGGAACUGUCGGCCGUGCGCCACCGCCCCGAAGGCCUGGGACAGCUGGAAGCGCAGACGCGGUUUUCCCGUAAGGAGCUGCAGAUCCUCUACCGCGGCUUCAAGAACGAAUGCCCGAGCGGCGUCGUCAAUGAGGAAACCUUCAAAGACAUUUACUCCCAGUUCUUCCCACAAGGAGACGCGUCGACGUACGCUCACUUCCUGUUCAACGCCUUCGACACGGAUCACAACGGCUCCGUCAGCUUCGAGGAUUUCGUGACCGGUCUUUCCGUCCUCCUGCGGGGCACCAUUCAAGAGAAACUCAACUGGGCCUUCAACCUUUAUGACAUCAAUAAAGACGGUUACAUCACAAAAGAGGAGAUGCUCGACAUCAUGAAGGCCAUUUACGACAUGAUGGGCAAAUGCACGUACCCCGUGCUCAAAGAGGAGACUCCGCGCCAGCAUGUCGAAAUCUUCUUCCAGAAAAUGGAUAAGAACAAAGACGGCGUGGUGACCAUCGACGAGUUCAUCGACUGCUGCCAAAACGAUGAAAACAUCAUGCGCUCCAUGCACCUCUUUGAAAACGUCCUUUAACUUUACGCCGCGGGGUGAUGUCCGUGACCUCGCCGUUACCAUUCAUCCACAUUCCAGUCUCCAG